AGUCACAGACUUGGUCAUGCGUUCACACACACAAGCACACACACAAAACGGGGCAGACAUAAGCAAGGUAUAAAAGGUAACUAUACCUAUUUCUGAGCAGAGGGAUUGAUCACAUCUUGCAGGAAGUCAAGAACAAAGGUAAUUUUUCAAAAUAAAUAUUUGUGAGCUCAAAGAGUACAUUUAAAAUGUACAAAUGGGAAAUUCUGAGAAGAAUUAUCCAUGAAUGUAUUUAUUGAAUUUUGAAAAUAUGAGUCCAGUUCUGUAAAGUAUAUUCUAUUUUAGUGUUUUUUUUUUUUGUUUGUUUGUUUUUUUUCCUUUCUUCUAUUAUAGCAACCAUGUUUUGGACAAGAUAUGCUGGAGCAAGUAUUUUAUUGUUUUUAAUGCUUAUUCAUCUUGGUCAACUGUAUCCAAGAAAUUACAUGAAUAACUUUGGAUGUGAGGAGUGCAAACUCAAAGAGAACAACAUUUUCUCAAAACCUGGGGCUCCUGUCUAUCAGUGUAUGGGAUGCUGUUUUUCUAGGGCUUACCCUACGCCCCUGAGGUCCAAGAAAACCAUGCUUGUUCCAAAAAACAUCACAUCAGAAGCUACAUGCUGUGUAGCCAAAGAAGUUAAACGGGUGCUUGUCGAUGAUGUCAAACUAGUGAACCACACAGACUGCCACUGCAGCACCUGUUACUAUCAUAAGUCUUAAAAAAUAUUGAAGCAUUCAAGAUUUGCUUGUGUCUGCCUAAAACUAGUUAUGUUCCCAUCUACCUGUCAUUUUAUGCCAAUUAUUAGAAUUUUGUUUGUUGUGCAUAUUUACUUUUCUACCAUGCAAAUUUCUUCAAAACAUUUUCAAAGCUGAGUGUUGUUUUACACCACUUCUUUUCCAAAAGUUUGCCAUCAUUAUUGUAUUUAUUAUAAUGUUUUUUUCAUAAAAAAAUGCAAAAAAGCAUAAUCACUGCGCUUGAUGUUAGUUUGAGCCCUCCUU